AUGGUCGAGCAAAGUCUACAACGAGAGAAGGGGUAUUUGAUGAAUACAUCCAAUCGUGGAUUCAUCUCUAAGGAUUGUUCAUCUUCGCACUCCUGGAUGGAGAAGAUGGCAAAGCAGCAUGAAAAAUUGAGGCCCACUGCUGAAUUACUGUACACGCCACGGAAAUGUGAUUCGACAUCGCGUAUCCUUGGACCGCGCGAUUAUGACUCAAUAAUGAUCACAUUUGCCCCGCUUCCAGGCGAACUUCCACCAAAAAUGCUUCCAAGAAUCAUGGGGCCACUGUUAAUUGGAGAUUGUAUCAGUACAGAUAUUCUCGAGCUAUUUCUGUUGUUCGAUUAUCGGGAUGUUAUUAAUGUGUUUGUUCUGCUCAGUUAUGCGAUAUCUGGAAAAAUACGUCGAAUGGGCGAAUCGGAUGACUGUAUCAAUCGUUUGGCAACGCAUGAUGGUAUACUGAUGUUGAAUCCGAUCCCAAAAUACAAGAUUGAAUAUGAGGUG